GCCCGUUGGUGUUCGUGGGAGUCGGUGUUGCGCGAAGAAACACGUCUGCGCCAUGUUACCCAGCAACGACAGAUUUGCAAGCGACAAAAAAAAACGACUGCGGACAAUUUCGAUGCCUGGUGCAGCAUGAGCUGUGUGUAACAGACAAAGAAAAGAUCCUAAAUGUCUUCAACAAGCAAAUUAAAAAUAACAGAUGAAAACUGUGGAUCAGUGAACAGAUUCACUGCAGACUGCAGGUAUUUCAGUCAUUACAGUAAGACAGAUGAGCAGCACAAAAUGAAGCGACUGAAAAGCCGCAAGGAGAGGAGUCAGAUGAGAGGUGGUGGGAAAGAAGUGUCAAUGUCCAAAUAUCACCAUCACUGUUGUCGCCAAAGCAGUAAAGACAUGGGACAUUUGCGUAACUUCUGUCAUAAUAGCUGUCAUUGUCCUUCACGGAGAGGUGUGCUGUUUCCAAAUGUCAUUCCUGUCAGACAGGAGCCGAGUAUCAUCACUGACACUCGCCUGAUAGGACACCGUGGCCUGUUCAACCAUGAGGUGAAGUCUAUCGACAUUGAGCGCUUGUUAAGUGAGCAGAGGAAGCUGGGGGAAAAAGGACAUCAAGUACAAGAAAAGAACAAGGCUACUUCACGCCCAUCUCACAUUCCUUCUCCAAUCUCCAUAAAUGAUUUGUCGGGUGCUGAUGCUGAUGAGGUUGUGCCAUUUGAAAAAAGUGCAGAACCUGCUACGAAGGCCUAUGCUGACUCCCGGGAGAAAGAGAAGGAAAUCAGUCAGGGAUCAGAUGUAACACCAGGGCAGAGACAGCAACAACUUGAUAUUUCAUCUGGAGGUUUUGAAAGUAUUGUCUCAUCUAAACACAGCUCCGUUGAUGUUAUGAUAAUCAAGAGCAUGAAGACCAACCCUGUCGUCUUUGAAAAGGACAGCGAGUCACAGCUGACUCCCACUGUUGGCACAGAAAAUGUAAAGACAUUAAACAAGAAGGUAAAGGGACAAAAUAUGUCUGCUCUGGAGCAAAGAACCCCAAAGAACCAGGUGUCUCCUAUCCACCAAACGCAGGCUCAUGGUCUGAGCCCAAGCCCACUUCAGCUCUCCAGCACACACACUGCUGACAGCUUUGACAUACAGCACAGAAAACAAGAUCCCUACUGUGUAUCUAAAUCUGUUAGUGCAGUGGCAGCAGGUUUGUGUGAUAGUCUGCAGUUCCCACUUCUGAGAAGGAGAAACCUUGUGGCAGAGAGCAGGGGGGUGCUGUUGAAAGCUCUACAGGAGAGGCAUGGACCCAGACUUCAGGAGAACCUCCUCCAGGUGCAGCGAUGCCUCAGCUUUGGUCCAGGUCCUGCAAAGGAAGUCCAGGAUCAGGAGCCUGCCAUGGUAGAUGAAGAUGAGCUCUUUCCUACAGAUGCCAUCACAAGAGCAUUCCAAGCCAACACUGGUAGUCAGCCAUGUUUUGACACCAAGGAAACCACAUCUUUCAAAAAGAAGGGAAGUAGGCAUUUUAACUGGAAGUCCAGUCCACAGCCACAUCCAAACCUGAAACAGACUGCUGAAUGGUUGACACGGACUGUGGAAACGUCUGCCAGUCUUUUGCAUGAUAUCCUCAGACCUUCUUGCUCUCCUGAAUUCUGUAUGGACUUUGAGCCCUCUGGAGUCACAGCCAUCAGUGAUUUGUUCGCUCCCUCUCCCACCUCAUUCUCAGGAGAAAAAGCCUCAGUGUCUCAGCACUGGGGAGACAGUUUUAACAAACCAAAGAACAACAAGGCUGCUAUGUUUGGUUUUUUUGAAAACAGCUUAAUGAACCGCACCAGAGUAUUUCCAGACAGGAGCAGCGGUUCACGAUACAGUGACAGCAGCAUCCAGCCGUUCUUUCCUUACCAAGCACAGCUGUCACAUAGACAAUCAGCAAAGCCGAUGCAUUUACCCCAGAAGCAAAACCCUUUUGAAACUGACAGGUACGCUUUUGCUUCCUCUUUCUCUGCCCAAAUUCACUAUCCUCAGCAGAGCAACCACUUCCAGCCUUUCAGCCAAUUCAGUCAUCCUUCAACUUGCCCUCCGCUCAGGUCCCACCACACUGACAUGAUGCACUACCCCCCAUCUCACAUGCUUGAAAAAGACCCAGCACCUCCCUCUCCUUAUUUCCCGAGCCCCGAGCACUGGUCAUUCCCUCCUAUGAGACUGUACUAAUGUGUGGUGAUUCUCUGUCUGUGGACAUUUGUUUGGCUAACUAAAAACAUUGCCUUCUUAAUUAAUUUCAUGAAGACUUUGUUCCCAAUCAGCAGAGAUAUGUCUUGUGCCCAUAUUCUAUUAAACACAUAUGUAAUAGCAAUAGCUGUCAUCUCAAGAGUUCCCUCUUUUAGUCUCCCAUUUAUGCUGACAUAAAGAAACACACAAUUAUGAA